AUGACGGAGUUCCUGCUACAGAAUGAGUACAUUGACAUCGCUGUACAGAAAGGUGGGAUCGCGAAAGUACCAGGCUGCAUUGUGCAUAAAGGAGUUAUCACCCAGCUAAUCCAGGAGGCUCAAGAAGGCGACGGCGAUCAGGCAGUGCUGUGGCUCUACCUUGUCAACGCCUAUGGAUGGAUCCUCCAAGGCCCCAAACACCUCAUCAGGUGGGACAGAAUGGACUUUAAACCAGCUAAGUCCCGAUCCCUUGUUGUGAGAAAGGGAAACAUAACCGACAAGUUCCGUUUCUCCCUGGUAACAUGUGAGCAAGAGAGUCCAGCCAUGCAGCUGAAUGAGACUGGAGUUCUAACACUGGCUCCAGAGCCAUGUGAGCAGCAGAUACUACUGGAGGACAACACUGGAAACCCUAGCGGCGGUUCCACCAGCAACCUGUCGCUGCACUGCUGGCUGCAGCUCCUCACCAAGGAAUCUAUCAUGGAUUUUCCAGGAGACAACGCCAGUUUAGUGGUGCGUGUGAUGAUAGCGUGUGUCUACUCCAUAGUCUGUGCACUCGGGCUGGUAGGAAACUCACUGGCUCUGUAUCUGCUGCACUCACGUUACAGGCAGAAGCAAUCGUCCAUCAACUGCUUUGUGAUGGGACUGGCUAUCACAGACCUCCAGUUUGUUCUGACUUUACCUUUCUGGGCGGUGGACACAGCCCUGGACUUCCGAUGGCCGUUUGGCCGUGUGAUGUGCAAAAUCAUCAGCUCUGUCACCACCAUGAACAUGUAUGCCAGCGUAUACUUCCUCACCGCUAUGAGCGUGGCACGUUAUUACUCUAUCUGCUCCGCGCUGAAGAUGCACAGCCGACGGGCGGCAGCCACUAGAGCCAAGUGGACCAGCCUGGGCAUAUGGGCUGUCUCUCUGCUGGCCACUCUGCCUCAUGCCAUCUACUCUAGCAGCGUCCAGGUGUCAGAUGAGGAGCUGUGCCUGGUGCGCUUCCCGGACUCAGGCAACUGGGAUCCACAGUUUCUUUUGGGACUCUACCAGCUGCAAAAGGUCCUGCUGGGCUUCCUUAUUCCUCUGAUCAUAAUUACUGUCUGCUACCUGCUCCUAGUCCGCCUAAUCCUCAGCCGACGAAUCACAGGAGCAGGGGGCCCAGAGGUUGAGCAGGGCCGGCAAAAGCGUCGCUCCAAAGUGACCAAAUCCAUUGUCAUCGUGGUUUUGUCUUUCUUUCUGUGCUGGCUUCCCAAUCAGGCCCUGACACUGUGGGGAGUGCUAAUAAAGUUUGACCUUGUUCCCUUCAGCAAGGCCUUCUACAAUGCGCAGGCUUACGCCUUCCCCCUGACUGUGUGUUUGGCACACACCAACAGCUGCCUCAACCCCGUGCUCUACUGCUUGAUUCGCCAAGAGUUUCGGGCAGGACUCAAGGAACUUCUCCUUAACGCCACGCCAUCCUUCAGCAGCCUGACUCAUCUGCUGCAUCGCAGGGCCAAAGUGGCUGAGGCACCGCCUGCGCUGGUGCUGGUCCAGAUGGAUGUCUGA